AUGGGACGAAUUUCGUCGGGGCCGAGAAGGAGCUUCGAAUUGCGUUUGAAAGGUGUAUGGCUGAUACCAAACUCCGUUCGUUUUUUGCAGACUCUAACAUCGAAUGGCGUUUCAACCCUCCGUCCGCGCCUCAUAUGGGAGGGGUAUUGGGAGAUUGGCAUAAAAAGAGUCAAAUAUCAUCUGAAACGUGUUAUGAGCGAAAUUCUUCUGUCCUACGAAGAGUUCAACACACUGCUAACAGAAGUAGAAGCCUGCGUCAACUCCCGCCCACUCUGUGACAAUUCUGCAGCCGCUGGUGAUGUCGAGGUACUUACACCUGGCCACUUCAUUGUCGGUGAACCGCUUAAAUCUAUCCCGGAGCCUGAGGGUCAAGGGCUCUGUGGAAAUCUGCGUCAGCGGUGGCAAGCGAUCUCUGCCAUGAGACAGCAUUUCUGGCGCCGUUGGAGAGACGAAUAUCUCGUCAACUUGCAACGUCGUACCAAGUGGCUUCGCCCUUCACGCAACAUCGAAGAAGCUGAUGUAGUUGCAGUCUUCAACGAGCCUACCCCUCCGACGAAGUGGACGCUGGCACGUGUUAUUAAAUGCCACCCUGGCGCCGAUGGACGCGUGAGAGUGGUUACGCUGAAAACUCCGCAUGGCGAAUUAGUUCGGCCCAUAGUAAAGCUCUGCCCUUUACCAACGAAAGGAGACUUAUUUCACGAAGAAACUACUAAUUCAUCAUAA